GGUCUUCUUCGUUUAUAUCUAUAUUAUUCAGAAACAAUCUAUAUUAUUCGAAAAAAAUGUUUCGUUGCAAACAGAUCAAAAGCAUCUAAGGACUUCCUCAUAAUCUAUAACUAUCGCUUCAUAACCAAACCAAAAAAGCUUAGAUAUAAUUUCUUUCUCUUCGAUCCUUCGCACUCUACGGAACACACUCUUAAUCGCUUGAAAAUCGGGGAGAAUGGAAAAGGUCGCUGCUUACUAACCAGGAUAAGAAGCUCCCUGUGUUAUAGAAUACCUAUCAUCUCUAGCUUAAGCACCUGAGCGCAAGUCGCCUCAACAACACAAAAAACGCGGAAAUCGAGGUGCUGUUUUUUAAUCGCGCCGCAAAAGUGGGAAGUGAAUCUAUGCUGGAGCUCUUCAUUGCACUGGAAAAUUACAACGAAGAUCUAAUACUGGAAAGACGGGGUCUCCAUACCAGAUCCGUUCGACAAAUGAACAAAAAGCAGAGACGUGAAUCCGCCCAAUUCGUAGCCGAUCUGGAGGAGGGCACCAUGUACAUUGAGCACAUCAAUUGGAUUGACUUCGAUGAAUUCGACCUGCCCCAACCCAUUUACAUCAAUUUGGUGCGCGAUCCGGUGGAGCGGGUCAUAAGCUGGUUCUUUUACGCUCGGAGUUCCUACAAAAAUGCCAUCGAGUACCGAAAGAGGCCCAACCAAAAAAUAAAGCCCGAGUCCUGGUACAAGAAGAACUUCAAUGACUGCGUACGGAGUGGAGAUCCCGAGUGCCAGUACGUGCCCCACACGGUCAAGGACACGAUAGCCAACUUCAAGAGGCAAUCCCUAUUUUAUUGCGGUCAUCACGAUGAUUGCCUACCCUUUAACUCGCCAACUGCCGUGCAAAUGGCGAAGGAGCACGUGGAAAGAGAUUACGCUGUUGUGGGCAGCUGGGAGGACACGAAUGUAACCCUGACCGUUCUCGAGAACUAUAUACCACGCUUCUUUCGCGGUGCGAAGCUCAUGUAUGAAAUGCACAAUAGCAAGAUCACCAAUCGGAACAAGAAUAAGCGCAAGCCGUUUAUAGAGCCCGAGGUCAAGGACAUGAUUCGCAAGAACUUUACUAACGAGUACGAGUUUUACUACUUCUGCAAGCAGCGUCUGUACAAACAGUAUUUGGCACUCAAUCUGAAGGAGUUGGAGGUGCAUGGUCUUCUAAACUAGUUGGGUUGGAGUCCAAGACUCUCUAGUCCCUGAGACAUUAGAUUGUAUUUGGUGAUAUAUGCGCGAACAAAUCUUCACAUUCAAUAAACAGUAGUCAGUAAACCCGUAGACUAGACCCACACAUUAUUUACACCUUGAACCCAUAUCUGUGUCUUUUCGUUUGUUGUGUGACUUAAACCCUAAGCCCGCCCAUGAAGCUUCUAAAACCCUUAUCCCAUAUCCCCUCCC